CGAAUCUAACUUCACGUUCUUUCAGUUUCCUUUCAAAAAAUUGACACAACAAAAUGUCUAAGAGAGGACGUGGUGGUUCCGCGGGAGCGAAGUUCCGUAUCUCCCUGGGUCUCCCAGUAGGAGCCGUCAUCAAUUGCGCCGAUAACACAGGGGCAAAGAACUUGUAUGUGAUCGCCGUGCAAGGUAUCAAAGGGCGCCUCAACAGGCUGCCUGCGGCUGGUUCCGGAGACAUGAUUGUCGCCACAGUAAAGAAGGGCAAACCAGAACUCAGAAAAAAGGUAAUGCCUGCAGUGGUGAUUCGGCAGCGGAAACCGUUCAGAAGGCGGGACGGGGUGUUCAUAUACUUUGAAGACAACGCAGGCGUGAUAGUAAACAACAAAGGAGAAAUGAAGGGUUCAGCUAUCACAGGACCAGUGGCGAAAGAGUGCGCAGAUCUAUGGCCGCGUAUCGCUUCGAAUGCGAGCUCUAUAGCUUGAACUUAAAUAUAUGGUUAAGAAA